CAGACAGGCGGACACAUACCUAAGACCUAACAAAAUCCCAAAGCCGAUACCGGUGACGCGGCGGCGCGGCCCACCACGGCAUCGGGCCCGCGGGGCGGAGGGCGUCGCUUUCGCGAGCCACCGGCCGCGCGUACGGCUCCGGCACCAGCGCAGCGCAGCGCACGCCGGGCUGCCUGGCGUCCAGGCGUAUUUUCCCUCAAGGUUCCGUCGCCGUCUCGCCCUCCGACGCUCCACGCACGCCGGCAAUCUCCGGAGAGCGACGGCCGUUACGAUCAGACCAGACGUCAGACCAGACCAGAGGUGUCGAUCCGUUCCCGGCUCGGUUCUUCCUACUUUCUUGGACUUUUGAUCGCGUCGCGUCGAUUAGAAACUGCCUGCGAGUUACCGCGCGACGACUUGCUGAUGACGGUGUGUCAUCGCCUUUCCAAUUGGAAAACCAGAAAGGUGAAAGCUUCGGAAUGAGACGAUGGCGGAAUGGAAUUGGCUGCAGAAAGCAGCUUAUCUUUGGCAGCGAUAGUCACAGCCGGAGAUCCCACCCGCGGCGGCACAGGUCUAAAAGGAGCAACCGCAGAUCAACUUUGCCAGUGAUACGUCCGUAGUCCCUGCCGAAUACUCGUACCUGCUGAUACUACCUCACCACCCACACACUCCCCCCUCCCACGACCAAGGUUCUAAAACUUUUUUCCCCAAGAACAUCCUUGUCUGUCUCCACCUGCUGACCCUUGCAACCGCAGCUAUAAAAAGUACCUACGCAGGUCUCGCGAUUGUAAAAGAUUGCUGCAGAGAAGUUUGGGAGGAACAGGGUUACAGUAGAAGCCAGUUUUUGCCUUUUUUCCAAUCCCUGUUCUUGCUUGUCCUGGCCCCGCUCCUUGGACUUGGAUUUCGAUUUCUUCCUGACCAUGAGUGGCAAUUGCCAAGUAAAAAGCUGCGAGGGUUGAAGCGAGCACGGCAAGAUCUGUUGGUUGUUGCAGGAGGCUUGCCACAGGAAGGAAAGGAGGUGCCGCUUGCGGACUGUCCUGCUUGUCCUCUCACAAGACGACUCCAAGCCGAGAAAUCUUCGCCCAAAUUCUCGCUCCCCCGCUCUCAAUUAGCGUGCAUGGGCGCAGGAAAGGCGGCGCCUUGAGCUGCUGCUGCGUCAGGGGGGGCGAAUGGAUGCAGAGAGCGGCCGCGGCGCCGCGGGUGCGCGCAAGAAGUCAUGGCGGUCAGAGCUGGUGCUAGCCUACCAGAGCCUCGGCGUCGUGUACGGCGAUUUGGCGACGUCGCCGCUCUACGUGUACAAGAGCGCCUUCGCCGGCGGCGACAUCGAGCACUCUGAGGGCAACGAAGAGAUCUACGGCGUGCUGUCGCUCGUGUUCUGGACGCUCACCCUCAUUACGCUCCUCAAGUACGUGCUCGUCGUCCUGCGCGCCGCCGAUGACGGCGAGGGCGGCACCUUCGCGCUCUACUCCCUCAUAUGCCGCCGGGUCCGCGCGGGGCUCCUCCCUGGCGUCGGCGACAGCGCUGUCGACGAGCUCAAGGACCAGCCCGACGGCGCGCUGCCGCCGCCAGCGUCGAGCGUGCGCGCGGCGCUGCAGCAGCGCAGGGAGCUGCAGUGGCUGCUGCUGCUGUUCGCUCUGCUCGGGACGUCCAUGGUCAUCGGCGACGGCGUGCUCACCCCUGCUGUCUCCGUGUUCUCAGCGGUUUCGGGGCUCAAGCUGUCAAUGGUCAAUGAACAGCACCAAUAUGUUUUGCUUCCAGUAACAUGUGUGAUCCUGGUAGGCUUGUUCGCCUUGCAACACUUCGGCACGCACAGGGUCGGAUUCCUCUUCGCGCCUAUUGUUUGCUUGUGGCUUCUCUGCAUAAGCACCAUAGGGGUCUACAACAUCUUCAUUUGGAAUCCCCAUAUCUAUAAAGCCCUGUCACCAUACUACAUGUACCGAUUUCUCCAGAAGACACAAGUUGGAGGCUGGAUGUCACUGGGUGGGAUCCUUUUAUGUGUAACCGGUUCUGAAGCUAUGUAUGCGGACCUUGGACAUUUCUCUCAGUCUUCAAUCAAGAUUGCUUUCACAGCGGUAGUUUAUCCGUCACUCGUACUUGCCUAUAUGGGACAAGCUGCUUAUAUUUCACGGCAUCACAAUUUUGAGAGGAACCACCAUAUUGGAUUUUACAUAUCAGUACCUGAAAAGAUCAGAUGGCCUAUUCUGGGGAUUGCAAUCCUUGCAGCUGUAGUUGGGAGCCAAGCAGUUAUCACUGGCACAUUCUCAGUUAUCAAACAGUGUUGCUCCUUGAAUUGCUUUCCAAGGGUGAAGAUUGUGCAUACAUCCUCCACAGUACAUGGCCAAAUAUACAUACCAGAGAUCAACUGGAUCUUAAUGAUACUGUGCUUGGCUGUUACUAUAGGCUUCAGAAACACGAAACAGAUGGCAAAUGCACAAGGGUUGGCGGUUAUAACAGUUAUGAUUGUCACAACUUGCUUUAUGUCACUCGUCAUUGUCCUUUGUUGGAACAAGAAUGUUGUAUUUGCUCUUGCCUUCCUUCUUUUCUUCGGUGCAAUCGAAGCUGUCUACUUCUCAGCUUCCCUGAUGAAGUUCCAUGAAGGAGCUUGGGUGCCUAUAAUUGUUUCCUUCAUUUUCUUGACUGUGAUGUGCGUUUGGCACUAUGGAACAGCAAAGAAGUACGAAUUCGAUGUGGAAAACAAGGUCUCAAUAAGUUGGCUUCUGAAUUUAGGCUCUUCGUUGGGUAUUGUUCGGGUCAGAGGCAUUGGCCUGAUACAUACAGAGCUUGUGUCUGGGAUUCCUGCCAUUUUCUCCCACUUUGUCACCAACCUCCCUGCAUUUCAUCAGGUUCUGGUCUUCCUAUGCAUCAAAUCCGUUUCUGUACCACAUGUCCAACCUGAGGAGCGAUUUUUGGUCGGACGCAUUGGCCUGAAACAAUACAGGCUAUACCGGGUAGUUGUCCGAUACGGGUACCGGGAUGUUCAACAGGACAGCCUGCAGUUUGAGAAGGCCCUAGUGAGCAGCAUUGCCGAGUUCAUCCGCUCGGGGGACUCGGAUCAAAACGGUUAUCCGGAUGGCUCAGAGAGUCCGUAUGAGAGGUUGUCUAUUAUCAGCAAAGGCCUGCCAUUUCAAGAGGCUGACGGUGACGGAUCACCAUCACCUGAAUCAUCUGCUCGGAAGGAUACAAACCCAAUCUUAGUAUCCUCCAAGUCGAGGAGAGUGAGGUUUGUGCUCCCAGAAAAUGCGCAGAUCAACAGCCAAGUGCGCAACGAGCUGCAAGAGCUGACUGAGGCAAGAGAGGCAGGCAUGUCCUUCAUCAUGGGGCGCUCGUAUAUGAAGGCGAAAAGUGGGUCUAGCCUGAUGAAGCGGAUUGCCAUAAACUUCAUCUAUGAGUUCCUGACGAGGAAUAGCCGAGGUCCCGCCUACGCGGCUAACGUGCCACAUGUUUCCACCCUUGAGGUAGGAAUGGUCUGCCAAGUCUGAUAGAUAUGAUAUCACUGUGGCCAUGUCACGUUGUAUAGAGGUAAAAAUAGUUCUUAUGCCUGUACACUCACACAUAUAUAUCCUAACUAACAAAAGAGUUAGAUUGUGUUGAUGAAGCGGGGCAUGCAUCAUUGUGGCCUGCGAGUGCAGAUGUUGGAUAGACAAAGUGUGCAUAGUUUUGUGUUUUCUCUAUAAUAUAUUCUUUUGUGUUAGGCUCUUCCUUGCUCUGCUUUGUCAAUAUACCAAUGCCACUGUUGCUAUGUGCUAUAGUUACAGAGUAGGAGGGAGGCCAUUUUUGUGUGCAUAAAUUGGCUUGUUGCCAAUUAAUUGUAUGUACUGUAUCAGAAUCUGAAUAAGUUUAUGCUGAAAUUGUUUCAUCCAAGUUC